AUGGACGACGACGAGUCUGUCGACCUUCUCCAGCAAAUAUUUGAAUUGAAGAUCCUGGAUUGGGAUACGGAGGGUUCAAUCAUCCCAGAGACUAAUGUUAAUCAAGCUGUCAAGAGUGCGUAUGAGGACGCAUUAAAGCCUACUGGCAAUAUUGGAGCACCAUCUGCAGGCAUAGAACGAUGUCAUAUUUUGGACCAGGGGAAGGAUGAGAUCGCAAAACAAAAGCCAAAGCGAGGCAGGCCACGAAAGAGAGUUGUUCAACGUCGUGUAAAGUUGGUACCCAUACUCCCACCUGAUGGACCAGCUCAGAACAUCAAGCAUACAAAUGCACGAGUCAUCCGUGCUACAAUCAGUCCGGUCCCAGAGAGUGUGUCACAAGACGUCGAUGUGCUUCGUGAUAGCCUGACUGAUCUACACCUCGCGAGCACAAUAGACGAGGAGGAUGAGCAAUGGAAGAUGGCUGAUGAUGAAGAGUCGCAUACAGCUGACGUCUUGCAGCAGAUCAUGUUAUCUGGCAUCCUGGAUUGGAGCCCACUAGAAGACGAUAACUCAAAUAGCGAUGAUGAUGUGAGGGCACAGUCAAAGAAAAGAGAUGUCAGGGGCAUACCAAAACAGACGGAUAAUUCAAAGGUACAUAAACAACGCCGUCCACGUGGACGACCAGCACGAAAAGCGACUACACAUCGACAACGUCAAGAGGUAAUGGUAUCAACGGAUAAGAUAUCAUCAUCCAAGGAGCUGCGGAAUCGUAAUUCUAGGUGCAUCAUCCGUGCUACAAGCAAACCCGUCCAGGACGACAAGCAUGAAUAUGUGGGUCACUGCGAGCGUGACAAUGACAAUGACCUAUGCAUAGAGGAGGAUGAACCAAGAAAUGGUCGAUCAAGUAAUAGGCGACUCAGGGGACGUCCGAAAAGGCGCGUUGUGCGUGCCAGAGAGACCGCGUCCAAACGGGCAGUCGUUCAUGAAUCACAUUUAAGUGAAUUUCAAUCGAACACCCAUCGGAGUCCAACACACUCUCGCAGCAGAAUACCUGAUGAUGAGUAUAGGUUAUCUCCACCACCAGAGGCCAUCGGUCAAUCGCCUUCGCGUGAAGCCUCACCACCUACGAUACCUGAACUGACAGUCGAGGAAAUCGCUUACACUUGGGCAAGUCUCGGGUUGAAUGAGUGGCUUGAGGCCACAGUAGCAGACUUUUAUUUGUCCCAUGUGUGGUAUGAGCUGCUUGGCAGAUCACGCAUGAGAUACAUGAAUAUGCAUACAGCAAUGGCGGCCGAGAUGGAGGAUGAGGAAGUGGAGCUCUUCCGGAGGAGCUCUUUUAUACCUCCUGAUGGGCAUAUGUCCUAUUGUCCCUCGACAAAAGGCCAUGUCCUGGGUCGCCAUAUAUCCAACGACGCGAUGGACAUCGACGGACUAGAUCCAGACGACUGGAACGAGUGGAGAGGACCGGAUUAUUGGAGGAGAAUUGGUGCCCUUCAUGGCUGGGGCACAGGGGAUGUCGCUGAUGUGUCUGUGAUAUCAAUGGAUUGGGAGCAAAAUGGAGUAGAUUGCGGUCCAAUUGCUUGCUCCGUGCUCGAGCAAUGCCUCAGCGCUGGAUUAGAUGAGCACGGUAAACUUGCCAGUGUUUCAAGUUCAGUGCGGCCACAAGCUGCGCAUCCAGAUCUUGGCGCAACCUGCUCAAUAUGUCAACGUCCCGUGGUAAAUCAGGAGAUGGAUCACCCCUCACACAAUGGCAAGAAUGGAGUUCGAACCCCAGUCGAUCAGGAGGAUGGUUGUGACGCUGAACGGAGUGAUGAAGAGGAUUCCAUGGCAUCUCGUAGGAGAGUGAAAGAUUGGCAUCUUGGAAGCAACAAACGAUUUCCACGUCCCAUUGCACCGCGCUCUCUGGCUGCAUAUGCAGGUCGGAGGUGGAUUCCCGAUGACCGCACGUUCGACGAUUAUGAAGGUGGACCAACGAUCGAGAUGUUAGUAACUCCCAGGGAAAUCAAUCAGGCGAUGACAUUCCAGGCGGGAGGAAUCCAGAUCUCCACUGCUUGGGUGCACUGGGUUGAUCAUGGCUACCGCAUCACCCCUAGCUCAUUCCAUAUAUUCUAUCAAUGCGACCCCAUAGCCACCAUGGACCAUGUCAUGCCCAUUGGCACAACCGACUCCCAUGAUCCUUCAAGUCAGGUUCCAGACCGCGUAACAGGCGCAUAUAGUCUGGCUCGACUAGGGUCAGAUGGGGGAGCACGUCAAACGCACGUCGCAGAUGUAGAAAUUCUGGCUGCAUCUGAACUGAUCGACUCUGCCCAACAUGAUCCCCCACUCCAUCAUCAAUGUAGGUUCGGACACAACGCCUUUGUUCGUGGCUGCACCAGUCAUCGUUAUGGCGAUGGCACGUCCUUGUAUGUCGACCUUGAACGAGAUUCCGUUAGAUUUUCAGAAGACGAAAUAGAGAUUUCUUUAGACAUAGACAGUAUCAUUUGGACCACGAAGGAGUUCCGAUGCAUGGGGUCUGUGGGGAUCUAUCUCACUCCGUCAUUUCAAACGAAACCUGGCAUAUUCAAGCACAAUCACACAUAUGUCGACAUCACAAUUCCACAGUCAGAAUCAGAUGCCAGUGCGCCCGGUGGUAGGACAGAAUGGUUGUCAAAACGAUUUCCGAUGUCUGCCAUCCCUCAUACCGGUAUUGGGCGCAUAUCCUCGGCUUCAUCGACACUCAAUCUAUAUAUCGCAUUUCCUAGGAUGAUACAUCAACACCCAGUAAAUGGGCGAAGAAUCACGCUGAUGCCAAAGGAAACUUUGGACAUCUUUUGGGAUAGAGUGCUACUUCCAUCCAUAGGUGACUGCACUGAUGUUAGUUGGGCGCCUUACCUUAAGCACACAUUGGAGGAGGCACGAUACAAGGCUAGAGGUGGUGAUGGACGAAAGGCUGGAUGGGGCGCUCCAAAGACAAUACCACUGUCGAAUGAUGACUUCAUGGAUGUGCAGGAGCGCAUGGAAGCUCGCAUACGCGAUGGAGAGGGCGAGCUGAGCAUGUAUGGGUCGUCUUUCUUUAUUCUAGAAGGAAAGGGAAUCAAGCUCCUUACCAAGGAUGGUCAGCGAGGGCGUUUCGAAGGGCCGGAAGAGGCACUGCGUCGAAAUCUGUCCGACCUUGACUGGCCAUACAUGAUGAACAGGAGGCAUGGCGAGCUGCUGGUGGACGUGGGGAUCUCAUUUACGCCUCACUCCCCAGAUGUUCCAGUGGUAGGAGUGUGGAGAUUAGACGCGUUGGAGAAGAGGGGUGAAAUACAUCAUCACAACACGCUCUCUAGAUAUGGGGCAAUGCAGGCCGAGAUGCAGCAGGAGAGAUCUCAACAAACCCACAUCGCAUUCAGGAGCACCUACAACCUCUACUAUGAGUCAAUACGGACGAACAACAACCAAGCGAAUUUCGCAUCUGACAGUGAUGCAUACAAGCUGUCCCCAUCUUACAUGGCUGAAUGCUUCGAAAUCGCAAAGGUUGUCGAUGGUUGCAAGGAUAAAACAUAUGGUGUUAGGGACGAGUAUAGGGUCAGUGGACAUGCAGCCAGAAUAAUGCUGGAUAAUAUGGAAAGCAAGGCUAGAGAAUACCUGCAGUCAGAUCCAAUCCUGUGGGUCCCAUCCAAAAUCUGGUUCGAGCUUAUCAGGCGGCGGGUGCGGGAGAUUCAGAGGACCCAGAUAUCCAUCGUCAAAAAGAAUCCUCCAAAUCUCGGGAUUCUUACUGGCUUGCUAAACCACAUGCUUCGCUCAACUACAUCAACCCCUAUCGUCUAUGACUUUCACGUCCGCGAAUCCCUCGCCCUCCUUGAAUAUAGAAAUGUCCUCGAGACAGCAGGGAUGUUUUUCUUACAGGAAUUCGAUUUGGACAGCGAUACCUGCCUGGAGGAGGUCCAGCAAAUCGAUGACGUGAAUGUCCUGGCCCUGAUGGGCGUCAAUGCAAAGGCUCAGAGGGAUAGAGCAGUAGGAAGGAUGCAUGCAUGGCGAAGUUCUGAGUCAGAGCUGGAGGACUAUCCCAUUGGUCGGACACCGACAUGGACCCGACUUAAGGCAGCCCUUGCAAACUCACCUGCAAUGAUUAUGAGACCAUGGAUGUGGUCGUCCAGGUUAUCCAACACUCAACUCUCUGUCGGACGUUUGAUCGUCAUGCAUCCAACCCCACCCAAACUCGCUCAGGAGGCCAUGAAGUGCUGGACGAUAACAAGCAUCGAUGAUACGCUCAGUGCAGUUGCCUUCGAAGCGUGCAAUGCUGGGCUGCAUGACAGUACAGGUGUAACUCCAGGUCGCAUGGGUCCAAAGUCGAGAACAUUUGCGGACAGGUGCUCGCUAUUCUUUCCUGACCCUGAUGCCUCCCAUAAAAACAACACUCAGUGGUCUACGCUUUGGGAGGGAGAUGGAUACAUCGCGGAGUUUCACAAGAUAAUGAAGGCAAUGGCGGAGGAUCAGCAGAAAUUGCUCAAGAAAGGGUUACACGAAGUAUUUUCAGACUUGCACUGUCUUCCUGCAAGCAGUCAGAGAGUGUGGAUACAGAGGAACGAUGCCAUAUUAUUCACAACAAAUCCUGCAUUUUACAGGAUCGACUGUGUUGGAAGGGGGGCAGAGAGUCAAAGGAAAGCCCCAAGAGCACGUCGUGCCAUGAAGUUGAUCAAGGGCAGGCGCAUAUUUGCAGCUGACCUGAUGGACUCACAGCCAUUCGACACGGAUGGCAAUGUCCGGAGAAAGACAGCGAGGCAAAAGCGUCGGGAGAUUCAGAAGAAGAUGACGAUGGCCAAGAGAAACAAGAGGGUUCCCCCUCCCCCACGUCCUCGGAAAUCAAGGCCAUUUCCUAUGGACAUAGGAGAAUCAGUGGAGAGAGAUGAAUGA